AUGGAGAUUUCGUUGGCUUGGUUAAACUUUUUGUCGAUGCAAGCCGAAGGAUUCACUGAUCAGAGUGAUUUCCAAGCAAGUUUAGCAACACGACGUAAAGUUUCCUUGUUUCUUGCAUGUUUUGAAAUGAGCGAAAAACUUUUCCAACAAACUGUUGCUUUUGACACUGGUAGCAGCCUAUUUUUGGUCCAUUGCGGUAAUCCAGUGGGUGGUGAUGGUGAAUAUUCGUUAGAUCCACCCUAUAAUUCUGCAGGGUCCUCAACUUUUUCAAAUUUAGCAGACAUGAAUAUUGUAACAAUGCCACUCUGUGCUUUUGUGACAAAAAAUCAUGCAAAUAUUAUAUGCAAUAUGGAACUGGAUUUUCAAGAGGGAUACUUGCAAACAGCAGCCAAUGACUACAAUGGACUGCUUGAACUUGGGACAGCAAAACAUUCCUUACUAUCACAAUUGGGAUCUGGUGAAUUUUCUUAUUGUAUUGAGAAAUUAGGUGAUUCUAGCUAUGAUAAAAAUAUACUAAUCGUUGGAAAGAAUUUAGCCACUGGAGGAGAUUCAACUCCUUUUCAAAUUGCUGGCUUCAAAUACUAUGCAGACCUAGAAGGCAUAAGUUUUGGAGGUAAGAUGCUUGACAAUGACAAUGAACAAUUGAAAAUAUCAAAUCAUAAGGGUGGUGCAGCUUUUGAUUCUGGUGCAAGUUCUAGUGCUCUUCAGCCAAUGGCAUAG